UAAACAGUGCGCCGCUAUUGACCUCCAUUCAGCUUUUGCUGUGUAAUAUCUGAUUGAGCUGCAUUGCUACACCAUUUACUAAACAGAGUGUAUUUAAACGUUUAUUUUAAACUGUAAUCACAGCAUGGAAUACUUGAUCGGGAUUCAAGGACCAGACUUUGUUCUGGUUGCAGCAGAUAAUGUAGCAGCCAGCAGUAUAAUCAAGAUGAAACACGAUUAUGACAAGAUGUUCAAGCUCAGUGAAAAGAUCUUGCUGCUGUGUGUGGGUGAAGCUGGUGACACGGUACAGUUUGCAGAAUACAUUCAGAAAAAUGUCCAGCUUUACAAAAUGAGAAAUGGAUAUGAGCUCAGCCCAGCAGCUGCUGCAAACUUCACAAGGAAAAACCUUGCAGACUAUCUGAGGAGUCGAACUCCAUACCAUGUGAACCUGCUUCUGGCAGGAUAUGAUGAGACUGAUGGUCCAGGACUGUACUACAUGGACUACCUGUCAGCACUUGCCAAAGCCCCCUUCGCUGCACAUGGAUACGGUGCCUUCCUCACUCUCUCCAUCCUGGACCGAUACUACAGACCAGAUCUGACUCGUGAGGAGGCUAUGGAUCUGCUGAAAAAGUGUUUAGAGGAGCUCAACAAACGUUUCAUCCUGAACCUGCCUUCAUUCACUGUCCGUUUGAUCGACAAGGAUGGCAUCCAUGACAUGGAGAAGCUUCUCGUGGGCCCCAAAUGAGCAACUACUGUUAUUCCCCUCUAGCCACACUCUUUUGUACUGCAAAUGUAACCCUCUGUGCUCUAAUAAAACAUCGAUCCCCUGUUCGUUA